GGGCUUUAUAAUAAAACUACAGUCCUGCUUGUCAGCUUUAAACCAUUGUCAACCCAGACGCACAGCAGCAGCAGCAGCAGCCUGGUGGUGUUUAAUUUCACUGCUCCAGCAUGACCUCAGACAUUACCACAGACUUGGAUCUGGAGCUGGACGAGUUGCUGCAGGAGUUCCAGGAUGUGGUGGAGGAGCUGAAGGCCCCUUCUCAGAGCAAACCUCAUGCUUACCAGCACGUCUUGCAGGAGGCCAAAAGUCGCACAGGGCUGGGGGACGACAGUGGAGUUGAGGACUCGGAUUACAGCAGCGAAGCUUCUUUGGGAAACAGUUUGAACACCAGCGAGGAGGAGCUCCACACAGCAGGCAUAACGCUGGCACCGAAAGCCAAGCUGGGAGACACAAGGGAACUUGAGAGUUUUAUCGACAUGUUGGACCAAGAACUUGCAGAGAUGUGAACAGAGAGAGAGCGAAACAGAGCCACGUAGAGGGGGGAGAAACAGGCCGGGGGCGACAUGGCUGGCUACUGCCAAGCAGACAGGCGGAUCUACACCAGAGCCGAUCUGAGGGAACAAAUGCUCCCCUGGCUUCUCCAGGGGAAAAGGUUAACAUUAGAAAUUAAAAGGGCACUCCAUUCCUAAAUGCAGGAACACCCCCAGACUCCUGGCGACGCCACGUCCAGCCAGGAAGACGACCUCCCUGAAGAGUCCGAUCCGAGAUGUGCGACAUAUUCCUGAAACUAGACAAAGCCUCCAUCUGUCCGGGAGUACGAGAAAGCGCUGCCCAGAGUAUAGAAAGCAUGUUUGUGCCACAUGUAAAUUUCCAAUAAGUACUGUGCCAGUAAAGGGCCCUAAAUCUUCAGUGCUAUAUAUUUUUUUUAAGGAGGCUGUUGCAAAUUAUAGAUGGUACUUUAAUUUUAAACUCAUUUAAAGUCCAAGAGGUUCAGAUCUGCUGUGCAAUAGGUUGUAAUAGGUAAUAAAAGUUGUUUAUGUGCUGACAUUUCCAGUGUACAGUUCUUGUUAAUAUUCUUUUUAUAUAUAAAUAGUUGUACAGAUGAAUGCACAUAUAAAUAAAGCUACAUUUUGAUUGAAUUUCA